UUUAAUACAAAAUGAACAUUCAGGGGGCAGCAUUGUUUUUCAGUGGGCUGAUUCUGUACAUGGACACCUGUCUGAGCCAGAAAGACUGCACAGGCGUGGACUGUCCCGUUCUGCAGAGCUGCAUCGAAUCGGUCCUGGAGGAGGGUUCCUGCUGUCCCACCUGCACUCAGAGAGGCUGCACCUGUGAGGGCUACCAGUACUACGACUGUGUCCUGGGAGGCUUCCGGAAAGGGAAAGUCCCCGAGGGAGGAGCCUACUUUGUGGAUUUCGGAAGCACUGAAUGUGUCUGUCCUCCGGGUGGAGGGAAGAUAAGCUGUAAUUUUAUUCCAUGCCCUGAAAUUCCCCCCAACUGUGUUGACGUUUUACAACCCGCGGAUGGCUGUCCGCAGUGUGGCCAGAUUGGCUGUACCCACGGCAACAAGAAGUACAACGCGGGGCACUCCUUUCAGAGGGACCGGUGUCAGGUUUGCCACUGUCCAAAUGAGGGCGGACGCCUAACGUGUUCGCCCAUCCCCGGCUGUGACCUUCGUGCCUCUAACAAGCCCGCGUGGGCUACGACCACCGAGAACAGCGGCCCCUUGGGAGACAGUAGCGGCCGCCAUGACGGCCGCCAAGCGGGUCCCGGGGAACCGCUUUCCAAGCUGGCGCUGCAAAACACUUUGCCGCUGUAUAAGCAGGACCCACCCAGUCUUGGCACAGGGGAUUAUGACUACAGACUGGAAGGGCCCACGUCUUCCACUAGCCAAGAUCUGGCCCAACUACUGGAAUCUACGGAAGCACUACCAACCCACCCGGAGGCGAGCUCCACUUCCUUCAGCUCCCUCGAUGACGGGAGACAUGAGCUCGGGGAGACACAAAGAAGUUCUGAUUCAGGGCCGAGCAGUCAGGCUGAGGUCACUCGUCACAAGGAUCCAACGACUACAGGCGGCCGCAGCGAAAUAUCAACAACGCUAACGAUGACCACACAGAGAGUGACCACGGAGCGACAGAGGCCGCAGCAGGAAGUCGGGGAACGGACCGUUAGGCCCCAGAGUGGCACAAGCAGAGUCUCACAGGACGCCUUAAAGGACGCCGCCCGUGCAAAUAAGGGGAGCAGGCCCACCGGCCAUCAGAAACACAGUCAAGGCAGUCGCACAGAGGGCCAUGGCGGCGGCCACAACAAAGAAGAAAACGUUAAGGAAGGUAAAGAAGGAGAGCAGACCUCAAAUCCCACUGUGCAGUUCAGUCCCACCAGGAGAGCUCCGGUCAGGAUGAGGGAGGACAGUGAGCAGCCUCAAAGACGACCCCAAACCCUCCAAAACUACCACUCCCAGGACGCCGAGGGGUUCGCUGAAGUUCCUGCCAAGGAGCUGUUGAAGACCUGCUGCGAGACAGGAGAGAAGUGGGCUUCAGCUAAUGGUCACUGCGACAACAUGCAGCCCCCCACCAAAGACAGGCACUCCAUCUGCUGGACGAGCCAACAGCAGUGCUGCCGCGGCUCCCUCUCCGAAGGCCGCUGCUCGGCCGGAACGGACGCAGCCAGGGCCGGAGACCCGUGUAGAGAGGACGCCGGCAACAAAUGUGGGAUCGAUUCCUACAAGGAGUGCUGUGACUGCUGCUCUCUGGGGCUGCAGCUCCUCCGCGAGGGGCAUCGCUGCGAAGCCCCCCAGCUCCUGGGCUUCCACUGCAGACACGUCUUCCUGACGUGCUGCGAGAAGGAGCGGAGCGGCUGGCACUCCGUCAGAGAGAGGCCCGCUGUCGGCUCCACGCCACAGCCCAAGAAAAUGUCCGACAGCCCGUACCCUAAAGAGGCCUUCUCCAUCGGCGAGGAGCGUGGCGGGGAGAACGCGGCGGAGGGUCCCCGCGGGGCGGAGGACAUGGACGAGUGCCUGAUGUACGAGGGCAGCCUUUGCCACCACCGGUGCGUCAACACGCCGGGCUCCUACCGGUGCGAGUGCCUCCCUGGAUACGCGCUGCAGGAGGACUCGUUCACUUGUGCGCAAGAGACGGUGGACGAGGAGAACCGACUGAAGGAGGAUGACGGACUGCCGGCAGCGGCGGCGGAAUCGGCAGCGGCGGCGGCAUCGGCGGCAGGAGCGGCGGCAGCAGCGCCCCCUUUGGCGCGGCCGCCUCCCACCCAGCCCGCUGUCCCGCCCAACCCCUGUGAAGGAAACGGGCCGUGUGAGCAUUACUGCACAGCGGUGGGCGGAAGGCCACAGUGCUCCUGUCUCCCGGGAUUCUCUCUGGGGACGGCUGAUGGACGCUCCUGUCAGGACGUAAACGAGUGCUUGCUGGGGGGCGCGUGCCGGUUGGGGGAGCGCUGCGUGAAUACCGCUGGGAGUUUUGUCUGUCAGAGACCGAUCGCCUGCCCCCCGGGGUUCCAGAUCAACGAGGACUCUUGUGAAGAUGUCGACGAGUGUGCACAGCGGAGCCACAACUGUGGGCUCGACCUUGAGUGUGUGAACACAGAGGGCUCGUUCAGGUGCAGCCCCAGACCUCCGUGUGCUGCGGGCUUCCACCGGGACCUCCAGGGCAACUGCAUAGAUAUCGAUGAGUGUGGCGCCUCGGCCCGGCCGUGCAGCCUGGGAUUCGACUGCAUCAACACAGCGGGGUCCUACGUGUGCCAGAGGAAGAUCAUGUGCGGCCGCGGUUAUCACGCCAGCACCGAUGGAUCCAGAUGCGUUGAUGUGGACGAGUGUCAGAGCAGCCUGCAUCAGUGCGGGGAGGGCCAGCUGUGUCACAACCAGCCCGGCUCCUACCGCUGUGAAUGCCAGGCGGGUUACCAGUACGACUCCUUCCGGAGGACAUGCGUCGAUGUGAACGAGUGCUGGCGCUACCCGGGCCGCCUGUGUGCCCAGACCUGCGAGAACACCCCGGGCUCCUUCCGAUGCUCGUGUACCGCUGGCUUCCGCUUAUCCGGCGAUGGCAAGAACUGUGAAGAUGUGAACGAGUGCUCGGCCGGCCCCUGCAGCCAGGAGUGCGCCAACAUCUACGGUUCCUACCAGUGCUACUGCAGACAGGGCUACCGCCUCCGGGAGGACGGGCACACCUGCGAUGACAUGGACGAGUGCUCCCAGGGCGUCGGCAACCUCUGCACCUACAAGUGUGUGAACGUCCCCGGCAGUUACCAGUGUGCCUGCCCCGAGUACGGGUACACCAUGUCUCCAAACGGACGCUCCUGCAGAGAUGUCGACGAGUGUGCGGCGGGGGCCCACAACUGCUCUCUGGACGAGACCUGCUACAACAUCCAAGGAGGGUACCGCUGCCUCUCCGUUGACUGCCCGCCCAACUACCGCAAAGUGUCCGACACGCGCUGUGAGAGGAUCACCUGCCCCAACUACCUGGACUGUCAAAACUCCCCUCUGAGGAUCACCUACUAUUACAUCAGCUUCCAGACCAACAUCGUCGUCCCGGCUCAGAUCUUCCGCAUCGGGCCGUCCCCGGCCUACUCGGGGGACAACGUCAUCGUCAGCAUCACGCGGGGAAACGAGGAGGGCCACUUCAGCACGCGCAAGCUCAACGCGUACACGGGCGCCGUGUACCUCAACCGGCAGGCGGCGGGCCCGCGGGACUUCUCCAUCGACGUGGAGAUGAAGCUGUGGAGGCAGGGCACGUUCACCACUUUCCAGGCCAAGAUCUUCGUCUUCAUCACAGCCAAUUCUCUCUAACGGUCGGAGAGGAGGCGUGGCCAAUAAGGACGCUUCGGCCGCCGCUGUUUGACGACGCCACGAAGCACGGUCCGCCAUGAUUGGCUCGAGUAGUCUGUCUGUCUGUCUGUCUGUCUGUCUGUCUCUCUCUCUCUCUCUCUCUCUCUCACCCGGCGCUGCUGUUAGAGUAGUGGAAUGUUCAGAGAGAAGCUGCUUUACGUCAGUCUACGUUUUCACCACAAUUGCAGGAAAAAAAAGCUUUUGAUUACUUUUUUUUUCAUCACUCCUCACUUGACUUGUUAUCAUGCAUGUGGUUAAUUUUUAUUGUUUAAAAUCCAGAACGCAUUCCACCCUCGAAAAGCUCUCUUUAAAAAUAUAUUUUUAUUAUGCAAAUGAAAUCUACUAGAAAAAGUGUAAAAGUGGCUCCAAACAGUAGAAAUAAGAGUCAAGUGUCUUUCUGCGUUUUGUUUUGCCUUUGAAGUAUUCUUCAUCAUUUUAUACUACUCUAUAUGCUGUAUUUUUGUAACCCUGUAAUCAGACACAAUAUAAAUGGAUGUAUUAUAUUUCCUAUGCUAGAUUUAUAAAUUGUAAAGUAUUUUAACUUAAACAAUAAAACAACACCUAUGUGGU